GUGAUGAUGAGGAUUUGAUCGUGCACAUCGGCGCUAUUGUUGUGUUGAACUCGUUGCGCAGGGUAGCCGGUCUUGUCCAUGUGGAGUGUGCACAUCAGGGCAGGGUCGUACGCGAACGGGCGUUUUGAAGUAGAAUAUCCAUUUUGGGCAGAAGCGUUUGUUUCGCUGCUGCACUCCACAGGCAAUGCGUUUUAGGCCAUACCCAUGCGAGAUCGAUACUGACGGAACGUGGCCAUGAAUGCCGCCGGAUGCAUUCAUGGUUAUCCUGGUGCGAGAAUGCCCCUCCCUUCUCGUUGCGUCGUCCGCCUCAUGUAGGUUCCUCCCUCUCGGUUAUGUCUCGAUCGUGUACGUAAGAGGCAUCGAGUAGGAAGAGGGGAAAGAUGCCCGGGGGGAGGUCCCGCGCUUGCUCUCGUCGGCUUUUGGAACCCUAACUCGGUGGUCGCCUUCUCGUCACUAUCUCGCUUCCGUCUCUCUGCUCCGGGUGUUCUCUCUCUCUCUGUCUGUCUGUCUCUCUCUCUCUCUCCCCUUCCUUGCCCUUCCUCUUCCCUCCUGUUUCUCUCGUUCGAGAUGAUUGGUUAUCUCUGCGUGCUCUCUGUUGAAAGACAUCUGCUUGAUACUUCCAUGGACUCAUCAUGGACACGGCAAUGACCCGCGUCUCUGGACGUCGGUGUCGCUUUCCUGUCCUUGUUUACGCAUGUUGGCGGUAUGCUUCUCAUUAUUCUCAGAAGGAAGAUAAGGUUCAGCUCUUGCAAAGAGUCGGCAGCAUAGCAGAGCCGUUUGUUUUGCUGCGGCGAAGGCCGCACGGUCUUUUCCCCCGUGAUUGAAUCGGAUGGAUUGACACUCAUCGGGCUACCCUUGUUAUUAUCAUCAACAGGCUACCCUUGUUAAGGACCAGUUACAGUGGAAAGGAGGCGGGAGAGGGACGGCGAGGGAGAGAGGGGUUGCGUUUCAUCGACAACGGCGACGGCAGUGGGCGUCUUAUGUCCCCCUUGUUGGAACGUACUGAUCGUCAUUAAUCUCUCAGCAGCAGCGAAAUGCAAAGUAGAUGCUUGAUUGUGGAUUGGACUCGAUCAUGUACAACUAUCCCUUUCGCCAAGACGGCAACAUUAAGGAGUCGAUGCUCAAUACUUCGGCGACUGUGCUGGAUCCUGGAAGUGCAGGAAGGACGUUCUCGUCAUCUUUCGCAACGGCACAGGCUGCGUCGGCGAACCCGGGGUUCCAUCAUGGAGGGAAUAUCCCGUCGUUGCACAAUGUACAAAACAGCUACAAUCUCCAGAACAUGCAGAACGCGUUAUCAUCGAGGAACGCGGGAAUGGGAGGUGUCCCUUCGAGCACACCACAGCAACAGGCAGGAAGCAUCGCGGCUGGUCGGUUUGCGUCGGCCAACCUGCCAGGAGCCUUGCCUCAGGUAUUAAGGCAGAUGUCACACACGGGACUCCAUGGACACAGUGCGAUGGGGACACGGGGCGGCUUGAAUGUAGUUGGGAGUCAUGGGUUUAGCAGUAGCAUGAAUGGGAUUGGAGCAGGACCUGGAGUGAAUGUACCAGGUGCUGCGAGCAAUGCUGUUGGGAAUCCUCGGGCAGGAUUGGCAGCGGCGGCAGCAGCAGCAGCAGCAAGCUUGGGUGUAAAUCCAUCUCAGAUGGGUGGUGGUGGCCGGCUGAGCAGUGGAGGUAAUGCAGCUCUGGGUGGUGGGAGUGGCGUUAGUUUAGGGGGGGGGGGCGCUGGAGGGGGAUUAAACCGGUCUCUUAACAGUGGAGGCGGACUUAACAUUGCAACUCUAAAUGGCAAUCGGGGAAUUGGCAGUGUGGGUUUGGGGGCACUGAGUGGGAAUAAUGGAAUGAGUGCACAAGGACCUGGUCGGCCGAUUCCAGGGGGAGUAGGUAUGCUUCAGCAGAGUGUUAGCAUGCCAUCAAGUUACAAUCCUCAGGGGGACCUGCUGGCAAUGAUUAGCAGAGGUGCACUCCGGAAGCCUGCUGCUGUAAAUGCUAUCGUGCAGCAGAAUCAGGAGUUCAGCAUCCAGAAUGAGGAUUUUCCAGCUUUGCCGGGGUUCAAGGGUGGAGCGACUGACUUGACAGCUGACAUGCAUCACAAAGACCAGCAGACACAUCAGCAGCAGCAGCAACAGCAGUCCCAGCAGCAACAGCAGUCCCAGCAGCAACAGCAGCAGCAGUCUCGGCAGCAGCAGCAACAGCAGCAGCAGCAUGAGAAUGCCCUCUCUGCCAUGCAAUCGCAGCACUUUCCGGGUGGUGGCCUUCCCGUUGCUGCGGCGGGACAAGCUGGUGGGUUAUCUGCUCUUCGAGGUGUUCCUGGAGCUGCUGCGUCGGCGUUGACCCCUUACGAACAGCAGCUGGUUUCGCAGCACCAACAGUAUCAACAGUCACAGCUCAGGUUAGGGGUACAUCAGCAGCAGCAAAGGCAGCAGCAGCAGCAGCAGCAGCAGCAACAACAACAACAACAACAACAACAACAACAGCAGCAGCAGCAGCAGCAGCAACAACAGCAGCAGCAGCAGCAGCAGAGCUCCCCAGUACAGCAGGCUCAUUCAAACAUGAUGGUCAAGGAGGCUGGACAGAAGCAACAACCACCUGCGAUGCAGCCCGCUGCGGAUCCAUUUGGUCUGCUUGGUCUUUUAAGUGUUAUCCGAAUGACAGAUCCAGACUUAACAACGUUGGCAUUAGGAACAGACUUGACUACGUUGGGGCUGAACCUUAAUUCCAGAGAACAGUUGUAUAAGACGUUUGCCUCACCAUGGGCAGAUGGGCCAUUAAGGGAGCCUGAGUUUACUCUUCCAGCAUGUUAUGUGCAACCUGCCCCAAGGCUUCAGCCUGGAUAUUUUAUGAAGUUUCAGCAGGAAACGCUCUUUUACAUCUUCUACAGCAUGCCUAACGAUGAAGCUCAGCUUUAUGCUGCAGAAGAACUGAUGAACCGUUCAUGGUGGUACCAUAAAGAACUUCAGAUGUGGAUGACGCGUGUUGCGAACACGGAUCCGCUGGAGAAGACGAGUACCUAUGAGCGUGGGUCGUACAUUUUCUUUGACCCAUCUGUCUGGGGAACAGUGCAAAAGGAUAACUUUGUGGUUCAUUAUGACACGGUGGAGCAAAAACCCCAGCUUCCUCAGCAGCGCUGAACUGGUGGCAAUACAAAUCCAUGGUCUAACAUAGUCGUUGGAGGCAGCAAGUGGGAGACCGUCGAAAAGAGUAAGAGUAUGGCCUAGUCGAAAUAUAUCGCGGAACAUGUUCUUGCGGAAGGUAAGGGGCAGUGGGAGUGUUGGAAAAAGUGUGGGGGGGGGGGAGGCAGGGGGUUAGUUGAAUCAGUUGGUGUUUGAUGUUGGGGCGAUGACUGUCUUUUAUUUGUCAGAGCAAGUGUGUUAGACAGGCAGGUUGCUAUUGUUCAGUCUGUGGCAAGGAACUAUAUGCUGUCAAGGUGGGUGCCCCCUGCCUGCAGCUCCCUGUGCAGGGAGGAAGGUGGGUGGGAGAGGUUUCUGCGAUGAGAAAGCAUACUCUUUUCUUGUCAUCAGGGUGGAUGGAUGUCAAUAUGAUUGGGAUCGCCAUCUGCCGAUCCUGUCAUUCGUAUCACGCUUACUCCUUAUGGGGGGAGGGGUUCCUGUUUCUGACACAUGUGGAGCUGAGGGGGUGGUGUCGGGAAAGUGCUGCAGUGCGCAUGCUUGAUGCCAUGUCUUCUUUGGGGUUUGUAUCGUUGUGUUCGCCUGGACAUGGUUGCUUUGUGGACGGGCAGAUUUGGAUCCUCCUUGCGUCAUCCGAAGCCAGGUGGCGGGUUACUGAAGGCGGAGCAGAAAUGGGGUCUCUCGUGGGCGGAUGGGAUCUAGCACUGAGGAGUGGCAGCCCGUGGUUAUAGAGUCGAAAUACACUGUUGCGUAGUUGCAGAUCUAUGCCGUGUCUGGAAUCUUCGUUUGUUAUUUUGGGGUCUAUCUUUGACCCAUGGAGAAGAUUGGAUGCGGUGGCGCCGGUUGUAACUAUAUUUGUUGAGGUCCCUCGUGGAAUAAAUCGUGUAGGUGACUUCUUGGGUCUUUUUCGCCUUGUCCAGUGUGAGCUAUGUGCCGAUCAUUCUUUUUCUUUUGCCUCCGAUUUCUACUCUCCUCUCUCUUUCCCUACCUCCGUCCUCCCUGUUUUUGAUUUGUACACUUUAAAUUGUUGAGCUACGGAUCUUGUGCCCGAAAAGAUGCGACCAAAGCUGUGGAAGAAAGCCAGGGAAGCCGCCGUGGGAUUGCUAUAAUUGUUAGGCAGUGUUUCCCUGAUGAAGAAGCUGUGCAGUUUUUGCAAUUGUUUGGGUGCUCAAUUUUCCCCCUCUCCAAGUGAAUGCCUGCCCCCCUUCUCGCUCUGCCCUGCGAUCCUCUUUCAGAUUUCUGUCAUGAUCUCUCUUUGCUCUGUUGGCGUGGCCUAAGGCAUGCCUUCUUCUUUCUUUGUGGAUAUUGUGGAGGAUCAGAUGGACCGAUCCUCCUCUCAGUCGGUGUUGUUUUGAAGACAUACUACACGUAUUCCGGUCAAGCAUGCAUGACCUGGACGGGGGGAAGCCUAGGGGAUGGCCUGCCUGCCAAGUAUAGUCAUUCACUAUAGCUCUUUGUAACGCCAAUGGUGAUGAUUCCUUUGAAGGAUGAUGAUGAUGAUGAUUAGUAUAUAUAUAUAUAUACACACAUGUAUGUUUCCUCUCUUUCCAUGUGCCUUUUUCUAUGACAAGCACCUGGAUUUAGUGUUGUGCUUUUUUAUGUGAUCAGCACCUGGUCAAGGAGUUCUUUCUGGCUGUCAAGAAUAGCGGACUUGACGUUUCCUGAGUUUCAGAGGUUCCCACAGGAGGGGUCCACCUUUUGCUGAGUUCACCACCGAGUGUUCAUCGAGUGUUCAGAGGAGUGUUCAGGUUUCAAUACAUGCUGGAUUUGUUCCGCAGGCGUGAUCUUCGCCUAUCGAUUUAGCAUAUGGGCUAAGUCUUGUUCAUUCAGUAAGUUGGUGACAAGUUUGUUUGAAGUCCCGAGCGGUCCAUGUUGGAUGAAUGGACAGUGCAUUAUAGAUCAAUUCUCGCUUCUGAAACAUGGAUGCUAACCCGG